UGACGAUGACACCGCCUCAACCCAAAAGCUCCCAUCCUCCGAGAAGGACAAGGUUUCUCAAUUAACUAUAUAUAUAUAUAUAAUGUAUGAGGAUAUAUAUAUACCAAAAGCAAGGGUUCUCACGGUCACAAUUCUUUCAAGUCUUCAGAGCCUUUGAGAGAAACAGAGAGUUGCGAUUUGGUGUUUGAGGAACGAUGGCCUCAUCAAACAAGAUCAGGCUGAUCAGUUCCGAUGGAGAGACGUUUGAGGUGGACGAGACGGUGGCAGAGGAGGCUCAGACAAUCAAGCAUAUGAUCGAGGACGGUGUUUCCGAAGGAGGCAUCCCUACUCCUAACGUGACAAGCAAGAUUCUGGCCAAGGUCAUCGAAUACUGCAAAAAGCAGCUCGAGUCCAAGUCUGCUGACGGUCGCGUCUCCAACGAUGAACUUAGGGCCUGGAAUACCGAGUUCAUGAAAGUCGACCUGUGCACGCACUUCGAUCUCAUGCAGGCUGCAAAUUAUCUGAACGUAAAGGGGCUGCUGGAGCUUACUUGCCAGACAGUGGCGGAUAUGAUUAAGGGAAAGACUCCAGAGGAGAUCAGGAAGAAUUUCAACAUCAAGAAUGAUUUUACCCCGGAAGAGGAGGCGGAGAUUCGCAGAGAGAACCAGUGGGCAUUCGAAUAAAACUCUUAAUAGUGAUGAAGUUCUUACCACUACAAUUUACUUAUCAGUUUCCUAUAGGUUUUUCUAUUAGGAAAUAGUUUUUCUCAAGAAAGUUUUAUUCUUUAGUUGAAAUUCUUGUCAUGUUUCCGGAUUCUGGGUUUUUUAAGGGUUUGAGGAUGUUUCCCUAGCUCUGUUCAUCUUAUUUUUUCUUUUUUGUUUUUGAAUAAUCUUUUGGUUUCUAUUUAUUUUUGUCCAAUCUUUGCAUUA